AUGUCUACCCCUGGAAGCAAUCAAUUGGGGAAAAAGGCCCGACCAAACAUGCAAUCCUUGUUUUCCAGCUUGUUGACUGCAUCAGGGAGUGCCAAGAAGCCCACGACCACGAAUGUUGACAACGCGAUCAAUCCUGCUCCGCGUGUCCCAGGCCAGGAUCGUUUUGCUCCUUCUCCCACUGAAACUCGUGGGCAUCCUGCUGGCACUGUAACACGAAACCCGACCGAGUGGAUUGGAAUCUCAAAGAGCGCCGAGGCAGAAUACGACAACCCAAAUUUCGAGGCAGGAUACACUGGUGAGCCGGAGGAGGCCCAGCGUACUACUUCCAAAGGCAAAGGCAAAGGCAAAGGCAAGGCUCGUGAAGACGCCAUGGACCUUGACAGCGACGACGCCGGUGACAAGUCGAACCAAACUACCAGCGAUGGCAAGCGUCCGAGAAAGCCAACGCACUAUGGUGCCCCGCCGUUGCCCUUAGGCGACAGAAAAGCCAAGCGCAGAAAGACCGCUGCUUCCGAGGAAGAGGAACACGAAGACAACGCAUUCCCGCUGUCCCCUGAAGGGGCUGACGAGUCCGACCAUAUGCUUUACACAACGGCGGGACAACUAAAGCGCAAUUGGAAAGAGAUCGAGCAAAAGUGGGAAGGAAUCAACGGAAAGAAGUCCAAGUUCUCCCUCACCGAUCGAUUCUACAGAAUCAUUCGGGGCUUUGCCAACAGAGGAGUCCUCGAUCUGCCAGAAGAAGUCCUGAGAUCCUACCCAUGCAUCAUUGGCGAGGAGUGCCUACGCAUCAAUGCCAUUGUCAGAAGAGACAAAUUGAUCGCACGCAUCAAGGAAGAUGUCGACGAGGAGCUGGAGAGCUACGUCUGGGGCAAAAUCGCCGACGGUUACAAUCUCGCAACCGGAGAUGGCCUCUCAGCACAGCAGCUGUACGACGCAUGGAACGAUGCACAGUGCAACGUGCCCUUGGAAGCGCGGGAACUUGCGCAAGCUGAGGAUGGCGCUGGAGGAGAGGAGUUCAACCAGGAAGGAGAGGAACCCAGCGAGGGAGGACAGGAGCCCAACGAGGGUGAAGCGGCAGACAUGGGACGGGACAGCCAGGCUCAGCUGGACCACAAUCCAGUCUUGGAAGGCAGCCAGAAGAAGGGUGAGCCAGUCCAGCUGGUCUCUUAUGACAGCGACAGCGACUAG